GAGAGAAACUGAGAGAGAGAGUGAACAGUUAUAAGAGGAAACUCUUCACUUCCUCUUUACAGACUUUUUAGCAGAGAACUGCAACCAAAACCUGCACACAGCUGUCCGUCCAUCCACCCCUCCAUCCCUCCAUCCGUCUGUCUGUGUGUCUGUCUAUCUACACGCUCAGGGAUGGUUCUCUCUGCGCUGUGUUUGGUUCUCCUGCUGGUUCCGGCCCACUGUGAGUUCAGUUUAGACGGUUACUGGACGUCCUGGAAGACCGAAUUCAACAAAACGUACAGCAGUACGAGGGAGGAGGUGUGUAGGAGAGCUGUCUGGAAGAAGAACGUUCAGGAUGUGAUGAAACACAACGAAGCAGCUUCAGCAGGAAGAAGAAGUUACACCAUGGGAAUCAACCACCUCUCAGACAUGUCUGCAGAAGAAGUGAACGCUCAGCUGAACGGGCUGAUAGAGGAACGUCCUGCUCUUCAUGAAGUGAACCACACGUUCUCCUUCCUGAGUGGAUCUCUCCCUCCUCCCAGAAUGGACUGGACCGAGAAGGGCCUGGUCACUCCCGUCCGGAACCAGGGUCCGUGCGGCUCCUGCUGGGCCUUCAGUGCGGUCGGGGCUCUGGAAGGUCAGAUGAAGAAGAAAACCGGCCGUCUGGUUCCUCUGAGUCCACAGAACCUGGUGGACUGCAGUGUCACCGUCGGCAACCACGGCUGCAGAGGGGGCUACCUCAGCAAGUCCUUCACCUACAUCAUCCGGAACAAGGGCAUCGACUCGGACAGCUUCUACCCCUACGAGCACAGGGAUGGUACGUGUCGUUACGCAGUGAAGGGGAAAGCUGGGUACUGCUCUGGUUUCCAGAUUCUGCCUCGCAAUGAGCUUGUGAUGAUGCACGCUGUGGCCACCGUGGGGCCGAUUUCUGUGGGAAUCAACGCCAAACUGGCUUCAUUCCACAGAUACAAGAGCGGUAUCUAUGACGACCCGGCGUGCGACCCUCGCUCUGUGAAUCACGCUGUGCUGGUGGUGGGAUACGGACAGGAUAAGGGUCAAGACUACUGGCUGAUCAAGAACAGUUGGGGCUCUGCGUGGGGAGAGAAUGGUUUUGUCCGAAUGGCCCGAAACAAGAACCAGUGUGGAAUCGCCAACUUCGCCAUCUUCCCCACCAUCUGAUCACACCCUCCCCUCCUCUCAUCAUCAUUCUAUCAUCUCUCAGUUUCUGAAUCACUCUGUCCUCGUCUGAUGUUUCUCUCUCUGUGUUUGAGAAGGACUUUUAUUUUGCUUUUUUGGUGCUAUGCUUGCUGUGUUUGAUCUGAGCUGGUUUUAUUUUCAGUGUGUUUGCGGUGCAGAAUCAGAGAAAAGCAGAUCGACACUUUUAUUACAUAUUUAUUAAAGAUUAUUUUACAGAAAUCUGUUCCCAGAUUGUAAAACGUUUAUUUUAAUAAAAGGUUGUGAUUUCAAAAAGCAGUUAAGACUCAUUGUGCGUUUCUCAGCCCUGAGAGCUCAGCCCAUAGUGUCGUACGGCCUCGAGGAGCCAUUAUUCAUCAAUUAGCAGGAAAUAUGAGCGCAUUAAAAAAUAAAGAGUGAGCACACGUACAGCAGAAAUGGAGAAGCUAGAGAACCGUUCCGUUACAAACUCGGCUCUAGAGCAGGCUGGACUUACACGGAGAAACAUUCAGCACACUUUUUAUGUUUUAAAUUACCUGAAAUUAAAUGUAAUUCGUGGCGUAUAACGUAAAACCUCCUGUACUUGACCAACCGUCUCUACUUUAAGUGUCACGAAUCAGCCAAUCAAAAUGCAGAUGAUGUGUCAUGUGAUCAUCAUUUAAACUGAUUUCAGUCAAAAUCUUUUGAACUAGUAAACCAAUCAGAGGACGGAUUUACAUCUGUUGGAAAAUGCUGCUUAUUCAUUGGUGUCCAGUGAACAUAACUGGGGACUAUUUUGCCUCACAGCGCCCUGCAUGUAUCCCUCCACCAUGAAUGGAGUUUAAGUUCUCUAAACUAUCAUAAAACAGUGUCUCAGUCAUCAGGCAGUGAAUUCAUAACCAUUUCAUGUAGGAACUUUCUGUGAGGGAGCUUUUAGAGGGGGACGUCUGGUUCUUAUCACCACCACUGUGAACAGUGAAAACCCGCUCUGAAUGACUUUUGUAAUAAUAAAAGUAAUAAAAGUACUGAUUUAAUGAUAAAACAAACUGUUAGCAUAACUGGCUAGCUGACGUUAGCAUGUAGCUGUUUGAACGUCUGCUAGCGCUUUGUUAGCCUGCUGUUAGCAUGAUCCUAAUAGCUACGUUGCUAAUCACUUCCUCAGUACCGAUGUUGGCUAACUAACUGAUUAUUUUAGAUGGCCAGAACGAUGACGCAUGCUAACUGUGCUAACUGGGCUAACUGGUGGAGUAACUGAAUGUGUUGUGAUUUGUUUUUGUUUUUUAACUGUUCAUUUGGAAGGUUUCACCAUGUGCAGCGUCAGGGCAGCAUGAUUCAGUAGCUAAAGCAAAUUGUCUAGCAAAGGCAGUGCAAAAUUGAUCAGAGACAUGGACUCCGUCAUUGAUACGUCACUGAUAAUGACGUUAUACUGACUUAUGUGAUAUGAUAAUUCAGUUAAUAACACAAAUACAGACUGAUAGAGUCCUUAAAACCCAAACACCGCAGGAUUUAGUGCUUUAUCUGCCAUAAUAAUCCUAAUUCAGAUCAUCAAGACGUUAGAAAUGGAAAAAAAAAAACAGAAUUUGAGGCUAAAAUCAGCAGCUUCUGCAUUUAGGAAACCUGUCACUGGAUCAUUAAA